CAACAGUUGCUCGCAUUUCUUUAAGCAAAGCACUACAAAAUUUCUUUGUAAAACAAACAUGUCGCUAACCAUCACCAAAGAUGUUUCCACUCCUGAACUCAAGGAUUUGAGUACUGUGCGCAAUGAACAAAAGGAGCUGAAUCUUUCUCCUGUACAUCGUCUGAAUGUGAGUCAUGCAACUGCAACCUUUGGCAUGGGCUGCUUCUGGGGCGCCGAGUCGCUGUAUGGAGCAACGCGUGGAGUGCUGCGCACCACUGUGGGCUAUGCCGGCGGCAGCUCCGAAUUGCCAACGUACCGUAAAAUGGGUGAUCACACGGAAGUGCUGGAAAUUGACUAUGAUCCAUCGGUGAUUAGCUUCAAGGAGCUGCUGCAUCUAUUCUGGAACAAUCAUGAGUAUGGCCUAACCAAGCCCAUGAAGCGGCAGUAUGCCUCAUUGAUACUCUACCAUGAUGAUGAACAGAAGCAAAUUGCGGAAGCCUCCAAGCUGGAGGAGCAGGAGCGUCGCCUGCCUGAGGUGAUCACCACGAGCAUUGCGCCCAAGGAGAACUUUUAUGCAGCUGAGUCCUACCAUCAAAAGUACAGACUGCAAGGACACAAGGAUCUGGCUGCAUCGCUCAAUCUAAACCCAGAACUGCUGCAGUCCAGCUACGUGGCCACCAAGCUGAACGGCUAUCUCGCCGGCGUGGGCGGCAUUGAACAAUUCAAAACGGAGGUGGAAACCCUCGGACUGACGCCCACUCAGCGACAAUAUUGCAACUACCAUAUUGAGCAGAACGAGGGUCAGGGUCUCUACUGCUGACCGGGUUACAUAGAUGUUAAGCGUAAAUCGUAUACUUAAGGGGGUUCAUAUGCUAAUAACUGUAAACAAUGUCCUUGAAUAUCCUGUUUUCCAGUUUUGUGUGCAGCAAAACGCGUAUUACUUAGUACCUAGACAAAUAUAUUGAUAAUAAUA